AUGACAAUCUUGGCACUCCGGAGCGACCCGCGGUGGGAGAUAUUCAAUGACUUCCAUACUUACAUCGAACAGUGUUUCCCAAAGGUCCAUGCCACUCUACAGAAAACCAAGGUUGCGACCUACGCACUUGUCUAUCAUUGGCAAGGAACGGACACGUCUUUGAAGCCCCUUCUCUUGGCCGCGCAUAUGGAUGUGGUUCCCAUAAAUGCUGCGACUGAAUCGGACUGGACAUCUUGGCUUAUGGCAUCGACAAGGAGCGCAGCAGGCCUACUGGCGCUGCUGCAAUUGGAGAAUAUCUUUUGCACGCGAACUCUAAAGUCCACUGCGGUUGCUGAGAAAGGGUACUCGGACAUUCGCGUGGACGUUCUCACACCUGGAGGACACUCGAGCAGACCCCCCAAACAUACUGGCAUUGGUAUCCUCGCCAGCGUUGUCACCGAGCUGGAGGCGAGCCCUCUCAGCACCUGA